AUGAACGCAAAUAUCACCAUUAGGAGAAUUCCGAAGAUAUCAGAAAUCGAAGUUACGGCAUUUGAAGAAGACGUAACAACUGAAGAUGGCGUUUUGUCCACGGAUACCUACGAAUACACUAUAGACGUUUACAUUAACGAUGAUUCGGAGUUAGGUGAUUUCGACACAAAAAAAAUUAAAAGGGCUGUUAGCAUUGAAAGUGAUUAUAGUGAAGUGCCCAAAAAGAGUGUAAUCGAUUACAGUUUUUUUGUUGAAGAAGCGACAGUCAGAUCUAACAAUGAAGAUGUAAUGUCUGGGAAGGACCUUAGAGACGUUGAAGUUUUUCGAAAACUGAACGUCGGUGAGAAGGGAAUACAAAAUCAGGUUCAACAGCAGUGCAGUUUCAACGGUUCCAUCGAGGAAUUUACGCGAGCCGUCUUCCCUUGGAUCGCGGCGAUAUUUGUGAAGAAUGGAAAAAGCGAACAAUUCGAUUAUUACUGCGAUGGUGCUCUCCUCUCCGACAGAGCUAUACUGACGGCCGCUAAUUGUGUAAGUCACAACAUGACUGUGGUUGAAGCCGAUGAUGUGAUCGUCGUACUAGGGAAGGGAUCUUUAAAAACUAUGGGAGAUAAGGAAAAAGUCGUAAAGGUAAGCGAAAUACGUUUACACGACAAUUUUACAAGCAAAUACGAAGAUGGGCAUGACUUGGCUGUAAUUCGAAUAGACGAACCAAUUUCCUCCAGCGACGCGGUACACCCAGCUUGUCUUGCUACAGGUAACGACACCGACGAUUUCAUUAAAGAUGACUUUGACAUCGCGACAACCGGAUGGGCGAUUUCCAAUGAAUUGACGCCUAUAUGCCUUGACAGAGAGAAAAGCAAACUUUGUCAAAAGGACGUGAUAUCGGAUGACACGUUUUGUGCUAAUUAUAACAAUGAUGUGACGACGUGCCCAAGCUACGGGGGUGUUUUUGCUGCGAAAGCUGCUGAUGAAGUGUGGCGUCUACGCGGCCUUCGCACUGGUGAUCCGUCACAGAAAGGUUUCUGCAUCAACACUGGAGUGUUUUAUACUGAUUUGCUUCUGCAUACGGAGUGGAUACAAAACAAUAUU